AUGCGGGUUUUUCUAGCGUUUUUACCAAUUUUGAUGGUGUUCGCCGAGUCGGAUAUCGAUGGUCCCAACGAUUUACUAUCAAAGGUCGAUCAUUCACAAUUCUCAUUGGCGAAAUCACGGCGAUUUUUGAUCUACGAGUGCAAUCCCGGCGAGGGAUUCAAUUUGCGACGCGACGUUUAUAUGAGAAUCGCCAACGCCGUCCGAUUAUUGCGUGACGCGGGCGAAAACUUCAUUCUUGUCCUUCCGCCGUGGGGCAAUCUGUUCCAUUGGGAUCGACACGAGCUCGCACUCCCGUGGGCGAUGUUCUUCGACGUCGAGAGCCUCAAUCGAUUCGUGCCGGUUGUUGAGUUCGACGAAUUCCUCAACGAAAUUGGAAAUGAUCGAAUCGACGCGGUCGUCUACCUUCAACAUUACGCCGAGGGUUGGGGAACGGAGUUUGUCCGGAAAUUCGACGAGCGACCGUGCCAACCGCCAUCGGAUCGAUUUUACAAGAAGCAAAGUGAUAAUACAUGGAAAAGCUGGUUUUUCUCCUACGAACAAGUUCGCGCCGAGAAUUUCAAGUGCGUCUCGUUUCAAGGCGAUUCGGAGACGCUGAAACGAAUGAUUCUGAGCAAUUUUAGCGAUUCAACGUCUAUAAUGAUCGAUCGAGCUGAAACCGUACUUCAUGAGCAUUACGGUGAGGUUGACUAUUGGAGGGCGAGACGAAGUAUGAGGUACAGUGAGCUGCUGAUAGCGAUUGGUAACGAAUUCCGAGAGAAGUUUUUGGAAUCGACGGAUCGAAUGGAUAAGACGAUCAUGGAGCAAGAUUGGACGAAGGAACGAGCAAGACGAAAUGCUAUCGGUGGUCCCUAUAUUGGAGUGCAUUGGAGGCGGCGUGACUUUGUCAAUGCUCGAAGUAAUGAGCUUCCAUCAAUUAAGGGAACCGCUAAACUAAUUAACUCACUUAGCAAAAAAUUGGAACUGUCGAAGGUCUAUUUGGCUACAGAUGCACCACAACGAGAAAUUGAUGAGAUGAAAUCGCAUCUAGACGAGAAUUUGGAGGUUUUCCGAUUUUCUGACGAAACCGGAAUGCUUAAUGAUGGUCAAAUUGCCAUCAUUGACCAGUGGAUUUGUGCUCAUGCGCGCUUCUUCACUGGAAGCCAUGAAUCGACAUUCUCAUUCAGAAUUCAAGAAGACCGCGAGAUUCUUGGAUUCCCGCCGACGACCACAUUCAACCGCUUGUGUCCUGACACGAAUGCCGACUGCCAGCAGCCAACCGAAUGGAAAAUUGUUUAUGCAUAA